GGAAAACAUAUUUGGAUAGGAGAUUCACGCCCAAACAUAAGUAAUGCUUUACAAAAAAUAUCGGGUGAAGAAAUGUGUUAUGGUUGUCCUCUAUUUUCUUUGAAAGAACGAAAACCACCAAUAUUGGAACACGCAACUAUUUAUGUUGGAGAUAUAUUAAUGGGAAGAACUGUUCCAAGUUUGGGAGAUAUGAUCGGAUGUCAUGCAGAUAUUUUAGCUUUUGUUGUUUUAGAAGUUGAUUUAGAAUGGCCAAUUCAAUGA